UGAGCGCCUGACGCGCGGGCCGCGGGGCGGUGUCCUGGACGCCGGAGCCCGCCGGAGAAGCGCUCGCAAACAUGCUGCAGCCUCGAAGCAAGUCGGUCGCCGUUCCGACGGCGCUAGCGUGGAGAGGGACCCGCUUCGCCUUCAUGCCUCCAGCCUGGAUGCCCUAAGCUGGCCCCUUUGCCUCGCUGCACAGCCAUGGGAGAAGGAUGGCCCUUCUUAGAGGAUCGCCCUCCCAACCGAACGAACUUGACGGCUCAGGCUGGCCUGAGAUCCCUCAACUUCUCCGCUGACUUGGAUCUACCUGGCAGCUUGAAAACGGAGGAGUUGUCCCAGCAGUGGGUGGUGGGCAUGAGCCUCCUGAUGUCUUUGAUGGUGACCUUCAUUGUGGUGGGCAACGGUCUGGUGAUAGCGGCCAUUGGGAGGACACAACGGCUGCAAACCCUCACCAACGUCUUCAUCACCUCCCUGGCUUGUGCUGACUUGGUGAUGGGAUCCGUGGUGGUGUCCUUUGGUGCCACCCUAGUAGUGCGAGGCUCUUGGCUCUGGGGCUCCUUCCUAUGUGAAUGCUGGAUUUCGGUGGACGUCUUGUGUGUGACAGCAAGCAUAGAGACCUUGUGCGUCAUUGCAAUUGACCGUUAUUUGGCCAUUACUUCGCCCUUCCGCUACCAGAGCCUCAUGACCAAGAGACGUGCCAAGAUCACCGUCUGUGUUGUCUGGGCCAUUUCUGCCUUGGUGUCCUUUUUGCCCAUCAUGAUGCAUUGGUGGAGAGAUAAAGAACCUGAGGCUCGGCAUUGCUACGACACCCCCAGCUGCUGUGACUUUGUCACCAACAGGGCAUAUGCUAUUGCAUCCUCUGUCAUCUCUUUCUACAUCCCUCUUUUUGUUAUGAUUUUUGUCUAUAUUAGAGUCUACAGAGAAGCCAAGGAGCAGAUGAAGAAGAUUGAUAGGUGUGAAGGCAGGUUCUACAAUAGUCACCAGCAGCACCAGCCUCCAGUCCACCAGCACCUGCCUAUCUUGGGUAAUGGUCAAACUAAUAGAAGAAAAACAUCCCGGAUUCUAGCUGUAAGGGAACAAAAAGCUCUUAAAACUUUGGGCAUCAUCAUGGGAGUUUUUACUCUUUGUUGGCUACCGUUUUUCCUGGUCAAUAUAGUCAAAGUCUUUAAUAGAGGUCUUGUACCAGACCAGCUCUUUGUAUUCUUCAACUGGUUGGGCUACGCCAACUCUGCCUUCAAUCCCAUCAUUUACUGCAGGAGUCCUGAUUUUCGUAAGGCCUUCAAAAGGAUGUUGUGCUGUCCUAGAAAAGCAGACCGGAGGUUGCAUGCCAGCACUGUAGAGUUCUCUCAUUACCCUGGAGGUUUCAUCAGUACCCUGGGAACUACAGCUCCAUGCACUCUUGGAGGGACGUGGUCUGAUUACAAUGGUGGUAUGCAGGAUGGAAGUGACUCCAGCUUGGAGGAAGGGAACACUAAAAUCUCCUAUUCAGAGUCCAAGGUAUAAAGGGCAUGUGGUGAGUGGGAUAAAAGAAAAGGGAGGGUAUGUUGCAUACUAUGAAGCAAGAAAGGGAUAUAAAACAAUAGAUAGGACGUGGAGGUGGGACCCUUCAAGCAACACAUCGUGAGACUGGCUAAUACUCAAAACUCCAGACUGACUUUUCUCAGUUGAAAGAAGAUAUUAUUUAUCUGAAGUACAAAGUAGGUGAACUUGUAUACAGCAUACCUCUUAUCCAAAUGGAAGGAAACAGAAGAGUGACUGACCACUGGGUGGAAAAAAAGGAAACCAUUCAUUUCCCAAGUCAUUUGGAUUAUUAUGUUUGGAUUGUAUGCUGCAAAGGUGGCGGUGGGGAGGUUAGGUAAGUAGGGAGUGGUGUCCCAGGAAAGGAACAAAAGCAAGUUGCAAGGAAUUUGUAAAAGGAAUGUUUCAGGAAAAGUUGAAUUUGUAGCAAGCGUUCAGCCAAACAUUAAUGGAAAAGCAAGGCAGGGCUCUCCUGAUACUGAAGGAAAUAGGAAGAAGCCCUUGGCUGACAGUUUAAUUUUAGAGCUAGAGAUAACGCCCUUAGUUGUUUUUACUAUUAUUGGGUGUGUCAGUAGCACAAGUAGCCUUUUUUUUGGUUUGCUUUUAAUUUAUUCAAUCCUUGAAAGGAAAAGAAGAAGUGCUGGCCACCUGUUUACCUUUCCUGAGAUAUGUGUGAAUUUCAGGCAGGAAACAACUUUAGAAACCAUGCUUAAAGUCUCUUUUUGGAAUAAGCCAUUGAAACAUUUUCUAAGGAGUUUUGUUACAUAGUCUGAUUAUCCAAUGCAUGUUUAGUCGGAAGCGAGUUUGAUGAAACUUGUUCCCGUAUACAGUUAAGUGCUCAUUAGCUUGUAGCCUUGAAAACCUACAUGCUCCUUAAUAUCCAAGAAGAUCCAUCAGAAAUACUGCAAAUGGAGAGUAUUUUGUUUUGAUCCAAUUUCUCUUGGGUCUGGUCCUUUCUCCCAGUGAUGUCAGGGGUGAGAGACCAUCACUUUUCUUAUCAUAUGAGACAUCAGCAGUAAGGCUAUAAAACAUCUACCUCAAGCUGUGCAUAUUGUACAGGGAAAAUGUGUUUAUAUUAAACAGCUUAAUUAUGUAUUGCUAGUUAAGGGUUUUUUAAAAAAAUAAAAAUAGAGUCAGGAGUAUCUCAAUAGACAAAUUGUUCACAUUGAAAAAUGGAAGAGAAAAUUUGGCUACAAGCACCAGAAAUAUGACUGCACAUUUGAAAAGAAUGAGAGAUUCCCCCCCCUCUUUUUUUGCACAGUAUUAACAAAGUUCUCUCUGUAAGUCUCUCUUUCUCUCUCACACACACACACAAACACACACAUUCUUAUAGACAAACCCACUGGAAAACAAAGUAGAUUCCAAUUUAACAUCUACUGCUGUCUGAUGAUUAUUUUUUUAAACAAUAUUAUGUGAUUUAAUGGAGGUACUGUAAGUAUGUUCAUACCCAAGAGUUUCUAUUAGUAACUUCUCUAACUCCCAGAAAAUCAUGUGAACCUUUUGUGAAUUUAGUGCUUCAUUGUCUUUCUCCAUUUUUACUUCUGUGCACACAAAUGUGUGUCUGUGUGUCUGUGUGUCUGUGUAUGCGAGGGACUGUAUGCACAUGCAUUUUAUAUUGUAUUUAUAUUCUUUGGGUGCCGUUUACUACUGUAUGUCAUUGGUCUAUGUGCAAUAAAAAACACUGCAGCACAAGCAAGUGUAUUUACAAUGUGUCUUUAAAAGUGCAGGAAUUAUAUCCAUUUUUUUAUUUAAAAUGGUUACUGUUUUUCUGGAAAUAUAGAUCAUGUUACCAAUACAGUUGAACUUAAUGGCUUUUCCUGACAUAAUUGUCUUUUUAAAAAAUAUGCUUGCUGUACCAAAUAAGGCAGCAUUCCUGUUACACUGAAGACUGUUGACUUCUCCUGAAAUUCCAGGGCUAAAAGCAAAUCAUUUCCAGCUUGCCUAUAAUUACAUUAGCUACUUUUUUUAUAGGUUCCUUUUAUCAAUUUAAUUUAGUCUGAUAAGAAUAAAAACUGAACAAGACGACUGGAGAUUGUGCAUAAACAGUGUGGAUUUCAUUUGAGAACUAUUAGGAAGGAGAGAUUAACUGUGCUUUGAGAUCCACAAGCCAUAUAUUGUUUGCGUACAAUAAAUCAUACAGAUAUCUAGUGAUGCACUUGAGCUACAUGAUAAUCCAUAAUAAGAUUUUAAAUCAGUCCAGAAUAAGGACUUUUCUAACUGCUUUACUGCAGUGCCUCUUUUGAAAAGUUGCAAUACAAUAGAACAUAAAUCACAGUUAAAAUAGGAAGCAAAUCAGUUGAGAAAGACAAACUAAUUAUUGUGAAGUUUCUUAAUUUAUUUCCACUUGUUUGUCUAUUUUUAAAUAGAAGCUGGUGAUAGUUUCAGAGUGUUAUUUAACCUUAGAUCUCAUGAUACUAAGAAACUCUCCCCUCAAAAAUGAAUCCAUUGCCAUCAGAAUUUCAAGUUCAUUAGUGAGUGAACGUCAGCUUUACUAGCAAUGUGGUCACCAUGUUUAAUGAACAUUUUGAAUAGACUAGUUUGAUUAUCUUGCAAUUUCAGAUACUUAUUCAUUGAUACUGUUCCUGACAGGACUUCUCCACCUUCUUUAACAGUAAAGCAGCAGAAAUUCAAAUGAAAUUGUAUGCUAUUAGAAAGCAUUGCCACCUAAAUGGUCUCAUGGCUAUUAACUAUCUAGAGAAAAUAUUUCCAGAGAAAAGAAAUAGAAGCUGGCCUAUCAUCAGCUGAUUGUUGCCUUGAAUUCAUGAUCUGGAGUAAUCUGUUGAGUUCUAGACAAUGUUGAAUACGUUUCAGUAAAACUAUACAGCACACCAGUCAGGAUAAAAGAAUUGCUUGUGCUUUUAAACUAUGAUUGGUUUGACUUUGAAAGACGGGUUAAAAAAAACAUUGGAUCAAUAGUGCAGUUUAUUUUAAAAAGCAGAAUGCUGCCUACUGCAUUAGCCUUCCCCAGGCUGCUACUCCCUAAUAGCAUUGGGAUAAGAAUUCCCAAUCAGAAGAGCUAAUAAGAAUUCUGCCUGAAAAGUCUAGAAUUUGUCAUGACAGCAUGCUGGAAAAUAAUUGGUGUGGAGAAGGCUGGUUUAAAAGAUUUCCAAACAGUACACUAUGAGUAUGAUUAUUAGAGAUGUCCUUGGUGCUGUCCACUUCUUAUAAUAGAUGGCCCUUGGUUCCAUUAUUUUUGUUGGUUCCAUUUUAGUCUUGAUUUUCCUCUGGAUAGCCUUAAGUAUUCUUAAGUCUUCCAUUAUAUUAGGAACAUAUUAUGCUAUGUAUAAGUUGUGUUGGAGCUCUGAGCUUUGUCUAAUGCUUCUUGGCAUGGGUUUAUAUGCUGCUUUCAGUUUCAUUCAAUGUUGAAAUUAAAAUAUGGGGAGGAGGGAGGGAAGGAAACUGAUAGAACUGAAGUGAUUUUUAUUGAUAAUAAUGGGCCAUGAAAGAAAAAGGGAAGAUUAUUGUCAACAUAUUCAAAAAUGUCUUUUUUCUGACUGAAGAAUGGUAUAUCAGCUCCAUGUACUAAUUAUAUCAGGGUUUGAGGGAAGCAGUCUACAGGGUAUGGUGUUCAUCAGUUGCCUUGGACUAUUUUAAAUGUACUAAAUAAUCUGGGCCGUACUCAGCAGUGGCUGAGUACCACAGUGCCACGGAUAGAGCUUAACGCAUUUCAACGUUUGGCUCUGGAAUUUGUCUUCAGUGCCAGGCUGAAGUCGCUUGUGUGGACUACAAAGUUUUGGAAUGCUAUGAUAUUCACACAACACUUGCAGGCAAAUACACAAAAUUGGUCCAGAGAAAUAGGUUUUGGUAACUAUGGAAACUGCACUGGCAAAAUGCCAAUGAAGCGUGUUUUUUGCUGAUAUAUAGAAUGUGAUUAAUGAUAAUAAAAGCUUUCCCAGUUUUUUCAUGUACUUUGAUAAGAAGCAAUGCAAAUAUGCAUACAUUUGAUACAUCUAUUGAAACUUAUGUCCAUAGAUUUACCAUAGAUGACAUGGCCAAAAAGAAAGUCUUUGUUCACUGAGGAACCUUCCAUCUUUUUCAAGUAUUGGCUGAAGUAUACAGUUCAACGUUUGAAAGCCAAAUAAUUAGUAUUGACAGAAUUGUUGUGAGGGGUAAAAUUCCAUGAAAUCAAAAGUAUUCAUUUUAUAUUGCUGGCAGGACACUUUAGUUACGUUGAAGCUUGAGUUUGGAGCUGUUGAUGCAUAGGGCCCCAUAGUUCUACAUGGUGUGGUUUGGAGACCAAUUUUUCUACCCAACUGAGUCGUUCAUCUUAAAUUGCGGCAGGCUUUCAGAACUGAGAGGAGUAUUUUGGGAUGAAACCAGAUGUAGGAAACCAAAAGACCACUGUGCAUGAGUGAAAGAAUCUCUCCCUUCAUUUAGACUUGGAUGGUUGUAAUGUCAUUUCCAUUGCAGAAAGCUCUGAAAAGAUUAUAAUAUAGGUAAGGAAAUAUUGUUUACCCAUAAUAUUUCUGUAUCUGUAGAAAAAUUAAUUUAUAAUCAGAUAUCAUCCAUACCAAAA